AAGCACUACUAGCCCCGUACCGCGCCGCCUCGCUCGAUCCCUGGAUCAAUCCUCGAUUAGUCCGUCCUAGUUGCAGCGAGCCCUGGUCCGCUCUCUUGCCCGCUAGACUAGCCUCCCGCAGAUAAGGGGAACCUCGGGAUUCGGAUCAAGAUCGGGAUCGUGCGAAAGGAUAAGGGUCGCUGACAGACGGACAGGUGUACGAGGAGAGAUGGGUUGAGAUUAGGGAGACUGCUUUUAGAACGACCACCCCAUUCCUCCUUUCUACUGUAUUGUUUUCCGCUUUGCUGCAAAGGAUGCUGAUUGAGCCAACUGAAUCGGCAUUGCAUGGCAUUGCAGUGCCUAUUACAGGUCAUUUACCGUCUUAUGCAGGCCAUAUCGGGCUUUCUAGUUCGGAGAACGACUGUUCAGUCUUUCAUUACAGUAUCGGAUUCUCAGCUCGUUUGAUCCAUAAACGCGUCGCUUCAAUCGAGUCGGCAACUGAGCAGAUAUUUCCUAUCUUUCGGAAUUGAAUCGAAACCCGUAGCUCUCGAUUAGUAGCGUGGGAGCCAGCCAACGCAAUGCCGCCAGCUAAUUCGGCUUCCCGAGUUGUCCCUUUCCCCAGCUGUAGCCCUCGCUCCAGCGUCCUCCUGUCGACACCUCCAAGGCUCGCACCUCGCUCUCGAGCCCGCGACGCCCGCAGCUUUCGAUUAGGAGCGUGCAUGCCGCGAGCUCGAUGCGAGUUACAGCUAGAGUCGGCCAUUCGGACUCCCAGCCAGCCAAGGCCAGUUAUCGAGGCGCCUCAACAAUCCACCUGUACCGCUAACCAUUCGUUACCAGCAGUCGAGGCCACACCGACUACACCGUCAGAUCCGGGUGGCACUGUCAGCCUUCGGUCAGACUUGACGUCAGCCGGUCAAUUAGCCGGUCGUCAGGAAGCCGUCCCUGGCCGUACGGACUGUAAUUGGUCGAGGUUUCCUGAUUGGACGAAGGUUCCUCGUGCGGGUAGUAGUGGCAAUGGGCGGAGAUUCCGAUCCCGACUGCGAGAUUCCCGACUUCGAGCUUCCUUCCGAGUUACCUUCUGAGACCAACAAGGAAAGAGAUUCACGUGCGAUCGCCUGCAUGCAGCCACGUUGCAUUCCCUCCGCUCGCAUUCGCUCGCUUCACGCACCUGGGCUCCGGAUUCUGUGGCCGGGAGUACGGGAACGAGAAGCAUGCGUGCUUCACCCUUGCAUCGCUGUUUUUUCGGCAGCACGUGCGAAGGUUCCUCGGGCUCGUCGGGCCGUGUCGACCAUCGGCGCUUGCGCUGAUCGCUGGUUGCUCUUCAUCGGAACCACGAAUCGGCGGCACGGACACACCGCCGACGCGCUGCAGGCGAGUUCGAUCUAUCAAUGGGAGCACGGUGAUUGAUCGCUCCUCAACCCAAGGCAACAAGACUGGCCGUCAGUUCCCUCUUGCCUCUUCGUUCAGGUGGUUGGACUAGCUCAAUCGACAACUGCCUCUUGCCGUUCGUCCAUUGUCGACGGUCGACUGUCCGAGGUUCAGUCAUUUGACGGAUUCAGUCUCGGGGCUCCGGUAACCCCCAUUUCACGA